AUGUCCCGUGUUUAUCUCAACAUAUUUUGUAUGGUUUGUACGGUUUGGGCGCAAACGACAAAUAAUGAACAAACGGGACACACAUUGUCCGGAAAUACCGAUACCUUAACCCAUGCUAUCACACAAACGCCCAAACCUGCAGAAUAUGAUACCACACAUCAUGAGAAUUCCAGUCCUUUACCGGAACUGAUAACAAUUCCUCCUGAGAGCUCACAGGGAGGUAAAGACAUUACGACUCAGUCAUCGAUGGCUGAGACGACCAAAAUAGAUGAUCAUAAAGUAGUGACUGAAAGCCCAGAAUCCGGAAGUUUGAGUUCCAGCGCAACAGACGCUAACAAUAAAUCAAAUGAUCCGCAAACCACUGCUUUCUCUGUCAAUGAGUUGUUUAACACAAACAUUAGCCCAAAUCCAGUGGAUGUCUCAUCAAAGACACCGAAAACUAUUAGCUUUGAUGCAAACGAGGAGUUAAUAAAUUCUCAAACAUCUACUAAAGAAAAAACAUCUCACGAGACAACUGAAUACACAAUCGAUACGUCAUCCGAAGCGCAUACCAUCGCAAACAAUCCAAUUGAUACUGUCGUUAAGAUUAUCACUACUACUGUCACACCGAUUACUACUACGACUAGUGGCCAAACAACAACUAAAUCCUUACAUGAAAUACAGACAACACAAGCAAGUGUCAGCUCAAGCACUACAACACCAGUAACUACAAGUGCAAUGCCCAGAGAAACAUCUCCUUCUUCUUCUACUACUACUACGACUACAACCCCUUCUCCAACACAACAAACCACAGAAGUGCCAAAUAAGACAACUCUUAUGACUACAAGUCAAUCAAAUUCAGACCAUUUAUAUAUUCCUACGAUAACAAUGCAAAGCGAUAGCGAGUCCACACAAUUGCACAAUAGCUCGCAUCACGACAUCGCCACAGAAUAUCCAUAUCUUAAUACAUCUGAUUUGCAAAGUUCUUCGGCACCCGAGACCACAACAGGCCAUUCAAGUGAAUCAGAAAGUAAAACACUACCAGAUUUGUCGUCACUGUUUGCCAAUAUCACCGAAGAAAUGACUUCACAGGCCAUAGAAACAAAACCCACGGAAUCACAAACAGUAACCCAAUCGAGUGAAACUGUUAGACCUAUAGAAACGAGUUCUACAACUCAUUCACCAGAACCUAAAGUAAGCACAGAAUCCAUACAAACAACUAUUUUUAGAGAAGAAACUGAACCAAAACAGACGACAGUAGUCGUAACACAAUCACCGCAAACCACUCUCAAAAUGAUUGAACCAGAAGUGACCACACAUUUGAGUCAACUAAUGAAUGUCAGUGAAUCUCCCGAAGCCAAUCAAACGCAACCCGUAGAAGAAAAUCUUAUACAAACCACUAAAUCUGAUCCAAGCCAUGGCUCGGAAUCGGCCCCAUGGACUCAUCCUCAGCCAACAGAUCCAAUGGAUGCCAUAUCAACCGGUAUUCCAGUACAGCCAAAUAUAAAUACUUUAAAAGUGAUUCUUCCGAAUAUAAAGCAUCUAAAUUACAUCAACAAAGAAGAUAUGGUCAAUACAGUUACCAUUACUUUCACCACGAAAGCAGUGGAGAUCUAUCGAUGGGUUACCAUAUUUGACCAAAAUUUCCGUAACUUCACCUGUAAUUGCAUCGAUUCUGAAAGGAAUUGGUGUUCAAUCGAUCGGGUAAUAUAUGUUUCGCCGUCACCUCUGGUAAUGAACAAUCAUCUCAUUGUCAGCUUCUUUGUGAACGACGCUCCGGCCAAUGAAUCCAACACUUAUCACGUAUACGGAGGACCUAUGGUUGUGGAAGCGCUCAAGAAUUCAACAAAAUCAUUGGAAGAAAUGAUGGGAAUGGAAGUGCUAAGCCUUCAGACAAAUAUGGGAACAAUUGUGGUGAAGCCGUUGGAGACGAGUUCUCACCGAUUGGCCAAAUUUGAGUUACUUGUGUUCAUCUUCACAGUUGUAAUGUUCAUCUGUACAGUACUCCUAUGUCUGGCCAUAAUCUGUUCGUGCGCUAAACGAAAGAGCGUUGAUAUGAAUCAGAUUCAACUCAAUAAAGCCAAUCGUCGCCAACAAUCGAUGGCUACAAUCAAUGGUUUUGACUUGAAUUCUGCGUCCAAUAUAUUGCGAGACGAAAACCAUGAGAAACGUAAUCACAAUGUGAUAAACCUGGAGGACGGAUGGGUCGCACCUAUUGAUCAUGUCAUCGAAAAUGAGAAAAUUACUAAAUAUGAUAAUCUUCAGGACACUAAGUUAUUAAUCAAUUAUAUUCUUUGGAUAAUGUUGUCGACUAUAAUAUCACUGAACGUCCACUUCUUGUGCCCAUCACUUCUCAGUCCAUUCAUUUUCCUUCUUCAGUCUCUUUUCGACCUCUGGAUCCAAAUCGCACUCAAUGUUCCACAGUUUGCGAACCUCUUCGGCCGACUUGCCGUCGAUCUGUUUGGCCGCUAUCUUACAAUUAAUUACAAUCAAUUAUUCCACUUCUCAAUUAUACUAUUAAUCAAUUAUAUUCUUUGGAUAAUGUCGUCGACUAUAAUAUCACUGAAACGUCCACUUCUUGUGCCCAUCAUAAGAGUCAGGAAGAAGUCAGAGAAAAGCUGGAGACCUAGGUUUAGCGUGAGUUACAAGGUGUCAAACGCUUGGAGAAGCCGGCUGAACGGCAGCUAG